AGCAGGGGUUAAAGUCUCAAUAACAAAUCCCGCGGGGCAUUUUCUAUGCUAAUGAGUCCCGCUCCAGAGUCAGACACUGGUGACCUGCUCCCCACAAGUCUAAGUUCUGGACUGGGGGCUGGGAAGAGGGUGGACGCCAGGAGGAGGAGCGGGUAGCGGGAAGAGAGAGAAACUUCCCUUCCCCUUCUGCCUUUCUCAAAAACCAAACAUGGCAUCUUCCAUGAGGAGCUUGCUUUCUGAUCAUGGCAGAUACGUUGAAGCUUUUCGCCGGUUUCUGGCUAAUUCCACGGAGCACCAGUGCAUGCAGAAUUUCAUAGAGGAGAAGCUGCCAGGCAUUAUAGCAAGGAUUGGAGACACAAAUUCCGAAAUUAACAUUCUAAGCAUAGGUGGUGGAGCAGGAGAAAUUGACCUUCAAAUUAUCUCUCAAGUUCAAGCUCGCUAUCCAGGAAGUCACAUCAACAAUGAAGUGGUUGAACCAAAUGCUGAACAAAUCAUCAAAUACAAAGAGCGUGUAGCCACAGCAUCAAACCUCAAGAACGUAAAGUUUGCUUGGCAUCAGGAGACAUCAUCUGAAUAUCAAAAUAGAAUAACAGAGAAAAAAGAGCUUCAGAAAUGGAACUUUAUUCACAUGAUUCAGAUGCUGUAUUAUGUAAAAGAUAUCCCAGCUACUCUGAAAUUUUUCCACAGUCUCCUGGAUACCAAGGGCAAAAUUCUUAUUAUUCUUGUGUCAGGAAUUAGUGGUUGGGACAAACUAUGGAAAAAAUAUGUAUCCCGCUUACCCCAAAAUGAUCUCUGCCUCUAUGUAUCAUCUUCUGACAUCGCUCAAAUACUGGAUACUUUGGAAAUUAAAUAUGAAUGUUUUGACCUCCUGUCUACAAUGGAUAUAUCAGAUUGUUUUGUUGAAGGCAAUGAAAAUGGAGAGUUACUUCUCGACUUUUUAACAGAAACCUGUCACUUCAGCAAAACUGCUCCACCUGAUCUUAAAGCUGAGAUUAUUAAAGACCUUCAAAAACCAGGAUUCAGUACAAAAGAAAGAGGAAAGAUUCUUUUUCACAAUCACUUGAGUUUUAUAGUGGUUGAAGCAUAAUUAAUCAGCAUACAUUUAUUAAGCAUUUACUGUGUAUUAGGUACUCUUAGUAGAAGUGAGGGAGAAUUCAAAAGCCAAAAAAAGACAUCUUUGCCCUUCUGUAGAAAAUAACAUAUGCAUAUAAGCAUAUGCAAUAUAAGUCAAUUCAUCUGGAGUUUUCAUGGUACCAAAUUAUCAGUCAUUUACACUUGCAAUAUAGCACAACAUGCAACAUUCAUAUCGUUUGAAAUUGAGCAUAAUCCAGACCUAUAACAAUCUAGAAGCCAAUUAUGUUUUGUUUAAAUUUUAAAUUUUAAAAUUUCAGUUUAGUUAUUUAUACCUUGGAUAUCAGCAAAUGAUGUUAAUCAGGAUUUGAUUUACUUUUGAUGAUUAUUUAGACUUAAGAAAGUGAAAAAGGAUGUUUUAAAAAUGCAGAUUAAACUUAAAAGCACUUUACACAUUUAAUUUUUUUUUUUAAUUGUGGAACUGGUUGUCGGAUAUUUGCUAGCACAUUUCUGGCCACACUCAUCUAAAAGAGCUUGUUUAUUCUAAUGAUGAGCAAGUUUUGUUUCCUCUUCUCUAUAUAUCUUCUUCUCUAAAUAUGUUAUUUUACAUAAAUGAUAGUUUGUCCAGUUGAAUUACUGAAUGUGAAUUGUAAAUCAUUUAUAUUACAGAUUAUAAAGGAUAACACAAAUACUAACUGAUGGAUAUGAUCAAUGAUAACUUUAAAUGACUUUACCUUGAAUGACAUUAUGAUUAUUUAACAUAAAUAAAGAUGUUGUGGAAGCAA